GCAGCACUGAGCGGGCGGAGGCACCUGCCGCCGGCGGGCCAUGGCCGGCCGCUGCCUGUCGGCCGACGAGAAAGAAUCGCAGCGCAUCAGCGCGGAGAUCGAGCGGCAGCUGCGCCGCGACAAGAGGGACGCGCGGCGGGAGCUGAAGCUGCUGCUGCUGGGCACAGGAGAAAGUGGAAAGAGUACUUUCAUUAAACAAAUGAGGAUUAUCCAUGGAUCAGGUUACACAGAGGAAGACAGGAAAGGCUUCACAAAGCUGGUUUACCGAAACAUAUUUACUGCCAUGCAAGCUAUGAUCAGAGCCAUGGACAUUCUGAAAAUACAGUACGCAUCUGAAGAAAAUGAGGAGAAUGCUCAGAUGAUCAGAAGAGUGGAAGUGGAUAAAGUGACAGCGCUGGAAAGAAAACAGGUUGAAGCAAUCAAGAAUCUUUGGGACGACCCAGGAAUUCAAGAGUGCUAUGACAGACGGAGGGAGUACCAGCUCUCAGAUUCUGCUAAGUAUUAUCUUACCAACAUUGAUCGUAUUGCUAUGCCCUCAUUUGUGCCAACUCAGCAAGAUAUUCUUAGAGUCAGAGUGCCAACUACAGGAAUUAUCGAGUACCCUUUUGAUUUAGAAAAUGUUAUAUUUAGGAUGGUGGAUGUAGGUGGCCAAAGGUCGGAAAGAAGGAAAUGGAUUCAUUGUUUUGAAAGUGUUACUUACAUAUUUUUAGUGGCGUUAAGUGAAUAUGAUCAAGUAUUGGCAGAAUGUGACAAUGAGAAUCGAAUGAAAGAAAGCAAGGCCUUAUUUAAAACCAUCAUUACAUACCCGUGGUUUCUGAAUUCUUCAGUCAUUUUGUUUUUAAAUAAAAAAGAUCUUCUAGAAGAGAAAAUCAUGUAUUCCCAUCUAACUAGUUACUUUCCAGAAUACACAGGACCUAAGCAAGAUGUCAAAGCUGCAGGAGACUUCAUUUUGAAGCUGUAUCAGGAUCAGAAUCCUGACAAGCAGAAGGUCAUCUACUCCCACUUCACCUGUGCCACAGACACAGAAAAUAUUCGUUUCGUCUUUGCUGCUGUCAAGGACACAAUCCUGCAACUAAACCUGAGGGAGUUCAAUCUGGUUUAAAUUAAAAAUCUGUUUGCAUCCAUGAGGUGUGAUUUACUGAAAGCACAGUCUGUGGUGACUGAAAAAGAGGUGUCUUAUAAAUUCCAGAGAUGAGAGGAUGGUUUUAUAUUUACUGAAAUAUGGAUCAGGAUAAAUUUUAAGACUGAAUUUCUGAGUUUACUUUUUAGCAUAUACAUUUAAAAUACUAUUUUCCAUACUAGUUUUGGCUGUGAGUUACUGUGUGACUGCUAUGGAAGUUAGGAAUAUUUAGAAGAAUGCACACAGCGACAUUGCUCUCCAGGCAGUAUUUACUUAAUUCUUCUUUCUUCCUUUUUUUUUUUUUAAAUAAUCUUAUCAUUUACCAUCAUAGCUUAUCAUUUAUAAGGCAUCAGUGGAAAGUCCGUGUUAUUUUUAGGAACAAGAUAUUUUAAAAUUCUUGUUCUAAGCAAUGUGAUUGAAAGACUAGGGUAAGGGUAAACCUAUGAAACAUUUUAGAAGCAUGUCCUGAUAGUUUUGAUGGGCCAAAAUUCAUGGCAUGUUCUAAGAAGCAUUACAGAGGAUUAUUUAUUCUGAUUUUUACAUAGCCUUCCAUUUCUGUUUAGUUGUCUAAUAAUAAUAGCAUACCAUUUGCAGUUAAAGAGUGACAGAUUUGUAUCCUGUAGGUACCCAGUGGAAUUUGCUAUUAUCUUAAGGUAAAAAAGGGUUUCUCAAAUAGCAAGCUAUGUAGUAAAUGUUCUCAACAUUCACUGCUUUAGAGACUGGUGGAUCACCCACACGGUAAUCCAGUCCUUACAUUCCUUCAAAUCAAUAAAGUAACUUGCACUAACUGCUUUUCACACACUGCAUUUUCCCAUUGCUGAGUUGCACAGGUAGUUUUGCAUGGAUUAGAGAGAAGUAAAACUUCUCCUCUAGAAAUUUCCAGACAUCACUUCUCCACUCAUUUGACUAUGAACUUCUCCAUUAAUGAUAGCAGUACCACUAAUAGCUCAAUCAGUUUUCAUUCUUUCAGUCAAAAAUUCUCAGACAAACGAUGUCUAAAGACAUUAGGCAGAGCAACCAUUUUUACCCAUUGUAAUACCCCACGGUAGUCACUGGCAUUUAAUCAUCUAAUCCAAGAGCACUCAUAAAGGGCUUGUUUUAGUAGGACCUCCUGUUAUUGGCCUUCAUUCUGCUGCAAAAAUGUGCUUAGAUUCUCUUACAUUUCUUGUCUUGAAAUCCAUAUAUACUGAAGUUUUACAUUACUUCAAAACUUCCAGUUAUGAGAACAAAAAAGGACUAAAAUGCUACCUUGUUCUAGGGCAGGAGAUCUAAUGGAGGAAAGCACAUAAAAUGUCCAAGUGAUUGAACUACUUGAUCUCUGCAAAAUUCUGGAAAAAAAGUCUAGACUCUCACCAGCUUCAUACCUGAGUCAAAGUUUGCAAUCUAUCUGAAGGGUACCCCUGAUGCCGGGAAUCCAGUUGGGUUUUGCUGGAGUACAAGCACAGCAGUGAGCUCACAUUUUACAAGACCCAUCAGAAUGAGCUCAUGUUUAAUACUUUGCAAGCAGUGCUUUAAAGCAUUUUUAAGGGCACUAACGAAGACAUGAAUCUGCACACUCAAUCUGCAUGACACAAGAAAUGAAAACCCAUAAAGAUUAAAAAGCUUGGGUGAGAUCCAGCAAAAUGAAAAUUCAAUUUCACUCCUUUUUGGCUAUCAGUGUCCUAUCUCAUCAUAGCUGUUCUCUUUAAUUUUGGACAGAAAAGCAUAAGGCUCUCAUGAAUGUAAUACACAAAAUAUAAAAAUCUGCCUUUGAAGAGAAGAUGAUGACAAUGCAAAUAUUUUCUGUAUGAAAACUAUAACAUGCUUUGUUAAAUUUUUUUCUGUUUCAUUAGACAAAAAUUUUCAUUAAUCUCAUCCUACCAAAGGAAAAGACUACCACCUGUAUUCUGCUUUCACUGACAUUGGUACAACAGAAGUUCAUUCUGCUGUCUUGUCAGAGGUGGGAUUUCAUUUGUCAAUUUCUACUCACCUAACUCUGAGUAAUAAUAUCACUUGUAAGAAGAAAACAAACAAAAAACCCUCCCAAAACCACCAAGCUAUUAAUGCGGUGUAUAAGAAAUGAAACAAAAACAAUAAUCACAUUCCACUCAAAAUUCAGUUUGCUUUAUUGAAGGUGGAGAAGAGGCUGGGUUGGGACAGCAGGAACGCAGGACAGAGGGCAGAAACCAAAAAGAAGUCAUGCUCUGGAAAUCCAUGCAGCUGAACAAAAGGAAGUGCAACAUUUAUUAGGCUGCUGAUUUUAGAAUACCGCGUAAUCCAGUCACCUGCACCUUGCAGCGCUGUUUGUCACCAUCUUUGAUUCUACAUCUGGUCACUCCUUCCAGAGAGGUAAUUUAACAAGUAACAAAAUACUACUGAAAAUCUAAAUGACAUUGUGAAAGGAACAUUUGUGUAACAUUUGUCUAGAAUAGAAACAGUUCUUCAUUAAAGGCCAUGGUAUUCUUUUAGGCACUACAGUGGACAGACUUAAAUGCCUUUAUUUUUAUUUUUGUUCAGAUUCCCAUGUAUACUUGCACAUAAACGUUCAUUAAAAAUUAACACAUCUGUUCUACACUCUUGUUGGAAAAGAAGGAUAUUUCGAGAUAUGAAUUAGGCACACCAGAGUGGACAUCUCAAAUAAUUUGCAAAAAGCAAUCCAGUAAACUACACAAUAACAUAACUGAAUACCUUUCUCCCUUUCCCAAACUGGUUUAAAAAGAGAACUUGAAGUCUACUGAAAAAUGACAAAAUUCACUUAUGACUGAAUGGAGAAAGCAUAAGGAAAAAACAAAGGAAAGAGAUAAAAUUAACUGAGAAGAAAAUUUGAAUUAUAGAAAACCACAGUAUUAUACCAUGCUGAGACAAGGAGGGAGGUGGGAAAGGGUUCUGUGUUGAAUUUUAUACAUUCUGGAUGCUGAUUGAACCAGCACACUUCAAGGUUUCUAAUUCUCUUUGUAAAGCUUUCUGUUAGCAAAGGACUCAAAAUAAUCUACACCUUAUAGCAAAAGCUGAAAAUCUGGGGGAGUUAUUGUCUUUUUCAGAGCAUAAGCUUAACCACAGACAAGUGUAUCUAGGAUAACUCCUUUAACUUUAAUGAUCAAAUGGUUCAAAUAUCACCGAAGAACCAGCUGCAAUUUCAGAAACAGGAGUUUUUGAGCAAAAUAAAGCACGCAUGCUAAGAACUGGAGAUAAAACAUUGAAACAGAGCCUCUCUGAAGAGAAAUCAGAAUAAAUUAAAGAGAAACAAAUGGGAAUGUACCAUAUGUUUGCUUGCAAGAGACAUCAGAAGUGAAAGUUCUGAUAAAGAAGUGAAAGUUCAGAUACAAAGGAAAAUACCAGGGAUAUGGGAGAGGAAGAGGCAAGUAAAAGUACUGAAGAAAGAAGAUCAUGCUGUGGCUGUCAGUUGAACUAUCCCACCUAUGGUUAACAGUCAUAGAUUAAAAAAAAAAACAAACAACCAAUCAAAAACAAAACAAACAAAAAAAACCAAACAGAUGUUUUGUCAACUAGUGACAAUAUUUAUCUAAGGCAAAGUAUUAUUUUGGCAUGACUAAAACCUGAGUUAAUGGUCUUGGUAUGUGGUUUUUUUGUACAAAAAAGGUGGAGUAAAACAAUCAUUCUCAUAGUACAGAAUUCACUUUACAAUUUAUGGGAAAAAGUACAAUAAAAUAUGUGUUUUUUAAUCAGCUAAAUGGUUACUCAGCAUCUAAGUCAAGACUUAGAAUAAACUAAAGAGUUGCAGUUGCAGGUCAGCAUGCUCAUCAUUUUAGAUUUUACAAUAAUGCAACAACUUGUAUCUCUCAAGCACCACCAGCGGUGUAGGAAGUAUAAAAUCUCACAUAUAAACAUUCCAAACAAUUGUUAGGAAAGAAUAUUUUGGAAGUACAUGACUGUAUAUACCAUUAAUUUUGAAGACUUUGAAAAUGGGAACUUAUGGAAGCCUUCAUGUAACACUGUAUUGCUCCCUGUACUUUCUUAUCAACUGCAAUAAUCAUUCAUUCAAUGCUACUGUGACUAAUACAUCUGAGAAGAAAGCAGCAUCACACGCAUUCUAGCUCUGCUUAUUAAAGUUCUGCUGUCUAGGUAAGAAACAAAAGUUCCAGUGGACGAGUUGAAAAAAGCAACUGUGAAAUACUGUAUUUGUUAUUUAAUAUAAAUCUGACUUUAUUAGUCACUUGCUUAGCACACAAUAUCCACGGCAAAUUUUUUGGUAUGCAACAGUGCCCUUAUAACCCCAAAUCUUCCUUCUUCAGUUGCAAAUCUGCUAUGACUUUUAUUUAGAAUAACAAGCUUAAAUUCAUAUUUCUAGUGCAGACAUAUAAUAAUUAUCCCCAUUAUAAGUUUCUGUAAACUGUUAUAUUUUCUCUUAAUAAUGAUAAAGGUGCAACAACAUUUCCUUGAGUAGGAUAUAAAAAAGUUUACAUUAAAAGUGAUACUGUAACGAAAAUUCAUUCUGACCUGGUCUAUUCAUUUAUAAAAGAAAAUAAUAUUUGGUAAAUAGGUAGCCCCUUCUGUGAUUAACUAAGUUAGAGUUGUCUGGUGAACAGAUUCAAUAGGAUUUGAGCUUUAAAACAGUGAUAAUUAAGUUAACGCUUCCUUCAAAAGAAGUUUGAAUUUCAACACAGGCUCAAGUUAUAAGAAAACAUAGAAAGAAACUCGAUAUUGAUUUUCACAAUCAAAAGCAAAUUAUUUGUUUUGAGUAGAGUCAUAAUAAAUAGUCCAGAUUUCAGUUUCAGUGCCAAAAGUUAUGGUAAAACAAAUUCAUAUAAACUGUAUUUUGAAAAAAAUGAAAUCUGGAAUUUUAUAGUUAAAAAAAAAAAAAAAGCUGAAACUUGGCAACAUUUUUU